AUGUUGUUCGAUUGCUUGCGCGAGGUUGUGCUGCUUGUCCCCCGAAAAAACGAGUUAAUUUGUGCGUUCAACCCUACUUCUUCGACAUCGCCCGUGUGCGAUUGAUACCUCUUUUCGGCCAGUUUCGAUCGUAGUAAGCAAACGGAAGUGCACCGCGACAGUGGCAGGAUUAAAACGCUCAACGUAUCACGCGUACUCCAUUUUAUGAUUUUUAUCGCUGUUGACGACAUCCCAUCCACUCGCGUAGUGAAGCAUCCAAUCGAUUAGUUUCUUGAUUAGUGCUACAACACGUUAACGCUGUAGAGAGAGCAACUAGCACCCGAUUGUGAAAAAUGCAUCCGUCACGAGGAUCAGCAAUGAAUAACGUUUCGAUUACAGAUUCUUGUGGUCAACCGUUGUGUGAAAAGAAGGACUACUGUGACAGUGUCAAUACCGAUUCUGGGUUCCUUUCGGGCCAUAACCUCAACUCGUCUGAGAUUAUUGGGACGGAAGAAAGUGGUUCGUCGGAAACUAAUCCCAGGAACGUUGGUACGCAUACAUCGCCUCCUGCGAGUGAGAAACAGAUCGAAGAGGAACCGUGUUCGAACGUCGACUCCGGGAUGAUUCCGGAUGAAGAGUUCAACUCCCGUGAAAUGGGGUUGACCGACAUUUGCGAACGUUUCGACCGUUUGAUGAAGCGUGACUGGAUGAAAAGUUUUCAACAGGAUGAGAUGGGUGAAACCCAGCUUCAUCUGGCCGUAUACGAGAGAAAUGAUGAACAUAUUGCCAAGCUGGUUACACAUCUUCCACGACAAUUCCUAAACAUCCAGAACGACGACGGGCAAACGGCACUGCAUUUGGCUGUCCUGACGGAUCAGGCCAAGAUUUUGCGUCGCCUAUUGAGCGCGGGUAGUGAUCGGUCUAUCCGUGAUCUAGAUGGCAAUACCGCCCUACAUCUGGCCAGUGCUAUGGGAAACGUGAACAUCGUCAAGGAGCUGCUAGCACCGCCAUCGUUCAACGAGAUCCCGCAGGGUGUAUCGCAAACAAAAGUGCCACAGGAUAUGGAAUCGUGGAAUUAUGAUGGUAAAACGUGUGUUCAUUUAGCAGCCGAAGCUGGUAGCAUAGAAGUAAUUCGAUCAUUACUCGACGCCGGUGCCGACAUUAACGCAAGGGAAGGAAAAUCCGGAAUGUCUCCACUGCACAUCAGUAUCGAGAAGGGCAACGAAGAGCUGGCAAACUUUUUGCUCGAUGAAUGUCCACUUCUCUCGCUGGAGGCGGUUACUUACGCGGGAAUGACGGCUUACCAGCUCGCUCUCAUACAAGACAAACGCAUGCUGAUCAGCGACCUGACGAAACGUGGAGCGGAACCAAUUUCCCUGCCGGAAAGUGAUGCGGAAUCCGAUUCUGAUGAUGAAAUGAUCAGUAACUACUACGGGGCGAGUGCAUUUUCGGCAGCUUUCACGGGAUUAUCGGCUAUCAAUGUAUCUUAAAAGCAAAAGAAAAAAAAGCAAACUAAAAACAAACACUAUAUUUUGGCCCCCCCUCAAAUUGACCCAGCACCACCUACCCCGGGGGCUGCGUGCGAAAAAACAAACCACGCAUGUACCGAGCGCAGAUAGAAAACAAAAACAUAUUGGACCGUGGUUCUAAUGUAAAAUAAAAAACCGUAUGUAACUAUUAUUCCCAUUCUAAUAAGUGCCUUAUUGUAAAUGUUGGUCAAGAUGAACAAAUGUGACGUUGUUGGUCUCUUGUUGGCAUAGUUAAGCGUAUAUACAUACAUGGGCAUCGGAUUACCGUAAACCAUGCAUCAUUCAUCAAAUGUUACAAAGAAAAAAGAAAUGAUUCUAACACACAUUAUUCACUCAUAAUCUUCCUUUCCACCCUUCUUUCCACCCCGCCCCACGGUGUCACCUCUUUGGCUUAUUUGUAGCCAGAAAAACGAUGAUACGCUAAAGCUUUAAAACGUAUCUUGUUUCGAAAUGUGUGUUUUACUUGUCCAUCCCAAAAAAGCAAAGGCGUCGAUGUGUGUAGUAGUGGUAUAGAGAUAUGUUAUUUAUAUGGUUCGAUUAACUCGUAAGCAAUUGUACAUGUAACAAAUUUAAAACAAAAAAGAAAGACGAUGUCGAGAAGCGAAUAAAACAAACCUAUUGCGAAUGAA